GACAUAUAUCUCCCUUCUUCCUCUUGAAACCCAAUUUGGAUUUGUUUAAUCACCAAACCUCGCUCCGGCGAUCCAAAUGAUCCGCGAUGACAAACCCCCGAUCGUGUACUCUCUGUUGUUACUAGCCAUCUGCUUCGCCGUUCCCAUCUCCGGCGACGGUGACGCGGAUGCUCUUUUGAAGUUCAAGUCAUCUCUUUUGAACGCCACAGCGCUAAGCGGAUGGGAUUCCGGCGAGCCACCUUGCUCCGGGGCAAAAGGAAGCGAUUCCAAAUGGAAAGGAGUGAUGUGCUGGAACGGCAUCGUUUUCGGUCUCCGUCUAGAGAACAUGAGUCUCUCCGGCGAGCUUGACGUGCAAGCGCUCGGGUCCUUGCGCGGGCUCAAGAGCGUCAGCUUUAUGCGUAAUGAUUUCGAGGGGACGAUGCCACGUGGAAUCGACGGGCUUGUAUCGCUGGUUCAUCUUUACCUGGCGCAUAACCGGUUUUCCGGCGAGAUCGACGGUGAUUUGUUUGACGGAAUGAAGGCUCUGGUGAAAGUUCAUCUUGAAGGAAACCGGUUUUCCGGUGAGAUUCCGGAGUCGUUGGGGAAAUUGCCGAAGCUGAUUGAGCUGAAUCUCGAGGAUAAUAUGUUCACCGGGAAAAUACCGGCGUUUAAACAGAAGAAUCUCGUUACCGUUAACGUUGCUAAUAAUCGAUUAGAGGGUCGAAUUCCGUUUACUCUCGGCCUCAUGAACUCCACUUUCUUUUCAGGUAACAAGGGGUUGUGUGGGCCGCCUUUGCUCCCGUGCAGAUACACUCGUCCGCCGUUACUAACGGUGUUUCUCCUUGCACUCACCAUCCUCGCCGUCAUUGUCCUCAUUACCGUCUUUCUCUCCGUCUGCAUCCUCGGCCGUCGUCAAGACCGUAGGAGCAGCCGCGACGACGGAUACGGCCUCGGCCAAGUCUACGGACCAACCGAGCAACAGAGCGAGAAAAGCUCGCUGGACUCCAAGGUCUACAGGAAACUAGCCAAUGAAAGUGUGCAGCGAGAUUCAGCAGCUACAGCAUCAUUAUCCGAGGGAGUUCAGUCUCAAGACGAAGACAAGCGAGGAGAUCAACGGAAGCUUCAUUUCGUUAGGAAUGAUCAGGAGAAAUUCACGCUCCAGGAUAUGCUCCGUGCAUCGGCGGAGGUUCUCGGAAGCGGCGGAUUUGGAUCUUCGUAUAAGGCGGCUUUAUCGAGCGGCCGUGCGGUGGUUGUGAAGCGGUUUAGGUUCAUGAGCAAUAUCGGGAGAGAAGAGUUUUACGAUCAUAUGAAGAAGAUCGGACGAUUGUCUCACCCUAAUCUCCUUCCAUUGAUCGCCUUCUAUUACAGGAAAGAGGAGAAGCUUCUCGUUACCAAUUACAUUCCUAAUGGAAGUCUUGCGAAUCUCCUCCAUGCAAAUCGGAAACCAGGUCAGGUGGUUUUGGACUGGCCGAUCCGGUUGAAGAUUGUAAGGGGAGUUACGAGAGGUUUGGCUUAUCUAUACAGAGUAUUCCCGGAUUUGAAUCUCCCUCACGGCCAUCUCAAAUCUUCCAAUGUGUUGCUUGACCAUGACUUCGAGCCACUACUAACGGACUACGCUCUCGUGCCGGUGGUGAACAAGGAACAAUCGCAGCAGUUCAUGGUGGCUUACAAGGCUCCAGAGUUCACUCAGCAAGACCGGACCUCGAGAAAGUCCGAUGUGUGGAGCCUUGGGAUCUUAAUCCUCGAGAUUCUGACGGGGAAGUUUCCGGCGAACUAUCUCCGGCAAGGGAAAGGAGCUGAUGACGAGCUAGCUGCUUGGGUUGAGUCUGUAGCGAGAACGGAGUGGACAGCUGAUGUGUUCGAUAAGGAGAUGAAAGCAGGGAAAGAACACGAAGGGCAAAUGUUGAAGCUGCUCAAGAUUGGGUUGAGAUGCUGUGAUUGGGACAUAGAGAGGAGAAUUGAGCUUCACGAGGCUGUUGAUCGAAUAGAAGAAGUCGAAAAAGAUGCAGGUGGAGGUCAAGAGAGUGUUCGAUCUUCAUACGUGACUGCUAGUGAAGGUGAUCAUCGUUCUUCAAGAGCCAUGACUGAGGAGUUCUCGCUCAUGCAAUAGCUUCCAUUGAAGGCCUCUCUCUCUCUCUCUCUCUCUCUCUGGUCCUCAGUAGUCUUCUUCUUCAGCUAAAUCUUGAUAUUUGUUGAUCAAGUUUCAUGUCUCUGUCUGUAGGUUAAGACGAUCACUUUUCAUUCAAUUCUUUUCUUAGUUAUGGUUGAUGAGUAAAAGCUUCACGCUUUUGUUUCUUUAAUUGAUUUUUUAAAUUUCAGCUUUUGUCUUUUCUUCCCCAUCUUGUGAAUAUUGGUGCCCUCGUUUGGUAUCAUCUAGACGCAAAAGAAUGUCUUUUUAUGUCCAUUUCUUCGUC